AUGAAACAUUUCUGUUGGAUUAUUAGCAUGCCGCCCAACAAAGUGAAGCCAUCGCUGAUACAGCGCCAACAUAUUGGCUUAAAUCCAUUCUUGCGCCACACACCUAUAAGUAACCCGAUAUUCAGGGAUAUGCAAAUAACAUUAUGUGUUUUGAAGGCAACAGGUCUGUUACCGAUCUACGAAGAAGUUUCUAAAUAUGAAGUUGGACCACCUACAAAGCCAAAUAUUUUUUAUUCAUUUUUCAUACGAGGAAUUGUACAAGCACUCACUCUGUUCAACCUCUAUAACCUGCUAACGCCUGGAUCGGCUCAACUAUUUUACUCAUACAGUGAUACAGAUAAUGUGAACAAAUGGAUAGAAUUUUUAUUGUGUAUGUUAGCUCAUUCGGCGACUGUUACAAUUUGUGGUAGAAAUUCAAAAUUAUUUUUAAAAAUCAUAAAUGAAAUAUUGAAAGUGGAUGAAGACGUUUUUGAUCGAUUCGGAACAACUCUGGAAAACAAAUGUGGCUUCUCACUGAAGUACAUUGUGGGCAUAUGUGUUUGUCAAUGGUAUUUAAUGAUACUCCGUGUUCUAGCUGUUAAAGAUACUCUUAACGUUAACUCAUAUGUAUUUAUUUUUAUCUAUGCCAUACAAAAUGGCAUGGCCACUAUUUUCAUUGUUUUUACGGCGGCUUUAUUAAGAAUACUAAAGAUGCGUUUCGGUCACAUAAAUGUAACACUCAAAGGUUAUACGUAUAGCCAUCACCGUAAGCUACGACGUUUCGUUGGACGAGAUAGAGAUAUAGUUACAAUGGAUACUUUCCCCGAUGAUUCUUUAUUUAUAUAUCGUAUGCACAACAAGUUGCUAAGGAUCUAUCGUUCAAUUAAUGAUUGCUGCAGCUUGAUUUUGGUGGCAUAUAUGGGUUAUGCUUUCUACACUAUUACCACUACUACCUAUAAUCUAUUUGUUCAAAUAACAACACAGCGUUUAUCAUUUAAUGUGUUACAAACGUGCUUUGUGUGGCUAGCAAUGCAUACAUGUGUCUUGGCACUAUUAUCGAAAAGUUGUGGCCAAGCUACAGAUGAGGCUAAUGGAACUUCGCAAGUUUUGGCUCGUGUCCAUGGCGUAACUAAAGAACAUCAAAAUAUAGUGGACAAGUUUUUAACAAAAAGUAUUAAGCAAGAGGUACAAUUUACUGCUUACGGAUUUUUCGUGAUUGAUAACUCCACACUUUUCAAAAUUUUUUCAGCUGUGACAACUUACUUGGUUAUUUUGAUUCAGUUCAAACAACUGGAAGAUUCAAAAAUGGAUGAUGAUUCGAGUUAAAUUGAUAGUAAAAACAAGUGAUACAUUUUCACUAUUACCAAAUUAUUAAAAAUU